AUGCGUCAAAAAAGAGCUAAAUCCUAUAGAAAACAGUUGCUUGUUUAUCACCACACAUUCAAGUUUAGAGAACCAUAUCAAAUCAUAGUCGAUGAUCAAAUUGUAACAACUAGUAAUGACUCUAGUUUUAACCUUACCAAAGGUUUACAGAGAACUCUUCAAGCUGAAGUUAAAGUUAUGAUUACUCAAUGUUGUAUGCAAGCAUUGUAUGAAAUAGGUAACCAGGAUGCGAUAUCUAUGGCUAAGCAAUUUGAAAGACGUCGUUGUAAUCAUAAUCCAAAAGAUCCAAAAACUCCCAUGGAAUGUAUUGAAAGUAUUGUUGAUAUUAACGGCGAGAACAAACAUAGGUAUAUUGUUGCUUCUCAGGACAUCCAAAUUAGAAGGAAAUUAAGACACAUCCCUGGUGUACCAUUGGUACACAUAUCGAGAUCUGUCAUGGUGAUGGAGCCAUUGAGUGACGCAAGUGCGAGAGUGAGUAGGAGAAAGGAAGUAUCGAAACUGUAUGAAGGAUUAAACAAUCCAAAACCAUCGAAAGAGAAGCCUGCAGAAAAAGAAAGUACUGCAACAGAAUCAAAAAAGCCAAAACAGAGGGGCCCAAGAGGUCCAAAAGGUCCAAACCCAUUAAGCAUGAAAAAGAGAAAAAGGGAAACGAAAGCUGAUAUUGAUAGUUCCAAGAAUGGAAUGAAGUCCUCUUUGAAUGAUAAGGAGGAAGGGCAAUCUGGGACAAAAAGAAGAAGGAGAAAGCAUAGCUCUCAAACUAAAACAAGUGCAACCGAUAACUCUGAAACAAAGGAGAGUGUGUCUGGCACUAAUGCAGAACCGGCUGCAGAAACAACAGACAACAUUUAG